GAAUUAGGCUGUUUAAGCGCUGAAGUCUGAACAAAUAAAAAACAGAUACGAGGAAAAGUAUCAAGAGAAAAAACAAAAGAAAGUUAAUUGGUUCAUACAGAGGAAAGGAGCUAAAAAAUGUUAGCAAGAUGCAGCAGAGCAGCUGCUUCUCAUUUCUUUCAUCAACUCAGAAAGAACAACAACAGUAAAGAUGCUGCCUUUAAAUUUAUUUCACACCAAAGCUAUGCCAAGGCUGCCACAGCGGCAGCAAUGGCAGCUUCUCCAAUUCUCUCGUCACAGAAGGUUUUCCCCAGCAAUUCAGUGGUGAAUUUGGAUAAAAUGUUUCGGUCUAAGCCUUGUUCUUUGGCUUUGGCUCCGGACUCUCCACUCAGAAUCGAAGAGCCAGAGUAUGAGGGAAUUAGGCGUUUUGUGCUCAAGUUGUUGCUGUUUUAUAGUAAACAAAGUAAGUCUAUUCGAGGAGCUAAUGUGGUGUACCGACGAAUUGUGUCACAAGUAGAUAGACCUGCCAUUUAUGAAGUAUUCAACUUGGAGAAGACAUUUAAAAUGACAUUCUCAUUGCUUGUACUCCACAUGUGGCUUUGCUUACGUCGAUUGAAACAAGAGGGAAAAGAAGGUGUUGAAUUCGGGCAAUACAUAUACGAGAUUUACAAUCAUGAUGUGGAGUUGAGAGUAUCUAAAGCAGGGGUUAACUUGCUUCUGACCAAAUGGAUGAAAGAAUUGGAGAAAAUAUUAUAUGGAAAUAUUGUUGCUUAUGACGCUGCCAUGCUUCCCGAGGCUAAACCAGAUGAGCUUCCAAAGGUGAUAUGGAGGAAUGUCUUUUCAGAUGAUGGUACAAGUGAGCCAGAUGAUACUGCAUCACAGGCUAUUCAGGCAAUGGCCAGGUAUGUGCGCCAUGAAGCUAGUUGUCUUUCCUUAACUGACAAAGAAGCAAUGUUUUCUGGGAAUUUCAUGUUCACCUCCUUGGAGAACCUGUCAUCUCAUGCUAGAAGAUAAAAUGGAAGAGGUCAGGGAAGACCUGUUGGAGAUUCUGCUGUUACAAGAAGUUUUUGUGGAAAGAAACAAAGGAUGUUUUCGCGCAUCUCAAACAUUACAUGGCAUAAACUAUGAAGCCAUGUUGAAGUUGAUUAUUUCAUCACCUUUAUCACUAAUUUUUGUUACUCGUGAAAAUUUUUAGAACGAAUGGAUUUCAUAUAUAAGAUGGGAUCUUAAUCCUGCGUAGAAGCCACCAUUUAGCUAAAUAUUCAUGGUGAAGUCUCUGUAUUUUGAUUUCUUUGAAAUAAAAAGAACUAGAAUUGUGAGGUUA